AUGGCUCCCAAGAAGGCUGCUGAGAAGGCCGGCAAGAGCCCCAAGAAGGCUCCCGCCAAGAAGGAGAAGAAGGAGAAGGACCCCAACGCCCCCAAGCGGCCCCUGUCCGCCUACAUGUACUUUGCUUCCGACAAGCGUGUGGAGAUGAAGAAGAGCGACCCCAGCCUUAGCCUGGGCGAGGUGGGCAAGGCCACUGGCGCGGCCUGGAAGGAGCUGAGCGACAAGGAGAAGGAGCCUUACCAGAAGAAGGCUGACAAGGACAAGGCGCGCUACGAGAAGGAGAAGGCGGCGUACGAGAAGAAGUGA